AUGACAACCAGCCUCAAGAAAAACCGCAAGAAGCGCGGCCACGUCAGCGCCGGUCACGGCCGUAUCGGCAAACACCGUAAGCAUCCUGGCGGACGAGGAAAUGCCGGAGGUAUGCACCACCACCGCAUCCUAUUUGACAAGUAUCAUCCCGGUUACUUUGGCAAGGUAGGUAUGCGUUACUUCCACAAACUCCGCAACAAAUUUCACUGUCCCACCGUGAACAUUGAUACUCUCUGGUCUCUUCUACCUCAAGAGGUGAAAGAUAAGGCGGCGAAGUCGAAGGAUACUGCUCCUGUUAUCGAUGUUUCGCAGUUUGGUUACUUUAAGGUUCUUGGUAAAGGGGUUUUGCCGGUGAAUCAGCCUGUUGUUGUCAAGGCGAAGCUGAUUUCAAAGAUUGCGGAGAAGAAGAUUAAAGAGGCGGGUGGUGCUGUUCUUCUUACUGCUUGA